AUGGGAGCUUGUGGUCGGCAAUUUGGCCGCUGGUUGUGGGCAGGCGAAUGCAUUUCGCUGGGUGCCAGGUGUGGCUUUACUCGUGGGGCAAGGGCACUGACGUCAGACGGCGUUGGGGCCAGCCCUUUUCCGGACUUCGAUGACGGCUUGCAAAAAGAGUUGGACGAUUUAGGAAGGCCAGGGCUGCAGGAAGAGCGUUACGAACGCCAGGCAUUUCGCUCCAGCAACCAGAGGAAAAUCGGCGCAAAUUUCGCUCCAGAUGACAGCGGCGACUUUAUCCUUUCAUUGGCUGUCCGACGGCACGUGACUGGUUAUGUGCUUCUUCGAUUCCGAGAUCUUUUGCCUUUGCAGUUAGGUCUCGUGGAUUAUGCCAAGCAUGGACCGGAUGAAGCGCAGAAAAAAGGAUUGGAUGUUCUUGCAGUUCUACGAGACUUGCGACAGACGGCACCAAAGAAACUGUUGCAAUUCAUUGGUGAGGAGGACACUGACAUAUUGGAAGAAGAGUUCCGAAACAGGCAAUGGAAAUGGGUAGUGGCCAUGGAUGAUUCAACGAUUGACCGAGGCCCACCCAAGACCGUUCGAGAAAGUCAUGCCCAGCGUACUGUCUCCAUGUUGCAAGGGCUUGUGAUUGCUGAUUGUAAGCGGAUCUUUAAGUCAGCGCCACAGGUCAUACAUCCCAGAAGGAGCCGUUUGCACGUGGGCGUGAGAGGCGGCCCGACUGAAGAAGCAAGGAAAGCGGUCUUUGACAUUGCCUCCAAAGAGGUGCCGGACUUUCCUGUCAUACGGUACCGCUCCGGAACAAUUUCCGAGGACUCACUCGUGAUGUCAGACGCAUGGGCCUCGGCCAGGAUGGCACAGCGUGUCGUUCUACUCGCCCACAAGCGAGAAGACCAAAAGCUGAUGAAUUUCCUUCGGCAACAGGCCAUAGAAUCAAAGCAGAUAAAAAAGCUGGCGCAGGUGGUCUCAGAAUUAUAUCCGCGCCGGGAGAGCAAAGACCUCUCAGAUGUGAUGGAAAAGAAGAUCGAAGCAAUGGUUGAGGACAAGCUCAACAAAUUUCUGGAUGAGGCAAAGCGAACUGCGAAAAGCUUCGUGGUCUUCGUCGCAGGCUUCGUGCGGCCAUGUGUGGAGAGUGAUGACGAGCUGCCCCCACUGGUUGGGAGUGGUUCGCAGGCAACAACAGCAUCUCACACGGCAUCGCCACCCAAGCAGGACGUCCAAAAGCCACCGGAGGAUGCGGACGAAGAAGAUGAUGAUGAGCUGCCACCUUUGAUCAGCCAGCUGGACGUGCGAUGGACGCACAAUCUCGCCUGCCUCCUGUUCCACGCCAGGCAAAAGCUGCCCUCCAGUGCGACUCUUGGGGACCGGGCUGGCGUGCCAUGGAGGGACGAGAUGAUUUGGACGAUGCUCUUGAUGUCCUCGAAGAUGGCCACUACCAGGAAGCCGAGCUUCUGGCCGGGGAGGUUCAGCGCCAAGCAGCCUGGUUCUCAAAAGAACAAGUGCUAUAUUGCUCGGGCGCAGGGGGGCGAUGCAGAGCGAGAGGCCGAUGCUCUCCGAGUCGUAGCGAAGGCGAGAAUCAAGGCUGCUGAGCACAAAGGUUUUGAAGGACUUCCAGAUAUCGAGGUCUUGGAGCAAGCGCUUCAGGCAGCAAACAGCGAGAUCUUCACUUUCCAAAAGCAUGGCGAGAUCGUGGCAAAGGCUGUCAUGCAGCUGGCUUUGGCCGAAAUCUACUUGGCCAUGGACAGCCACGCACAAGCUCUCCCGGCAGCGCAGCAAUCCUUGUCUGCGAUGCAUAAGGCUGACGCGCCUACAUUGCGACACAUCAUGGCCUACCGCGCUCUAGCAGACAUCUACCUUGCUCAGGGUCGCUGCAGUUUGGUGACGACCUCAGUUGGUCCGGAGGUGGCGCGAAUGGCAUCUGAAGCCAGGGUGCAUGCCAGCAAAAGGCCUUCUGACAUGGCCGAAGCGGGCUGUGCUGGUUGCGACAUGGCCUUCUUCAUCUCGCUGCAUGGUGGAGCCGAGCACUUCUUCUGCUCUUCUUCCUGGUUCACACCUAUCUUUGGCAAGGAGGUAAAGCAAAGGAGAGCGGUAGUAGAGCAUGAGCAGAGCAAAGGUCUGGCCGCAUUUUGGCACGACCUCAGUGCAAGCGCUGGAGAAGUUAACUUGGAGGCAAAGGAGGGCGGCUUUCACGAGUUUUCUGAACACUUGUCAUCAUCGGGGUCGCGUGAGGCCAACAUACACCCCGCUGUGUUGAUGCCCUUUCUGAUCCCUUUCGACGUGUCGGGUAGGCCCUUCAACAUGACCGCAGCAACGGCAGCGAUUGUCGUUUGGUUGAAGCGGAUGCAAAGCUGGCUCCUCCUGUCCUGGCUGUCUGCCAUCGGACUUCUUCUCUGGCUGCACAUCCGUGGAGAGAACGCAAGCUGCCCACUUCGGGUGAUGGCUUCUGUUUCCACACUCAAGACGGCACUUCUCAACUUCUACUUUCAGGGCUUCUCAGCGCGCUUGACAGACCCGCUGGUGCCUGCUUGGGCCUUGCUGAUCAUCGCAUUUGCGCAGCUGGCGGAUGGUGGCAUACCCGAAGCUCGCUGGGUCAGCCGAUGGUGCAACAAGGCCAUCAUGGCAGUGAUGGUGACUUCCUAUUUCUUAGCUGGAUGUUACAAGCUCAGUGCGGCCGGGCUGAACUGGAUGGAUGGUACUGUCUUGCAGCACUACGCGGGAUUGUACAUGAGGGAGCAGCAGUGGAGCAAGCAUCUUUUUGCUGUGCUGUGCAGGGCUCAUGCCUGGCCAGUACUCUGCAGCUGCGGCCUGCUGUUCGAGAUUCUUUGUCCGCUGGCGCUUUUCUACCCGUCAAUGCGACAUUUGGUGGUAGGCACCGCGAUCGUUUUUCAUCUUGGAAACCUAUUCCUUAUCACGUUGAACGGAGACCGCUUCCUCACGUGGGUGUGGACACUGCUCUUCGUGGUUGACUUUCCGGCCGCGCUGGUCAGAAAUGUAGCUAUUGUAGCCGGUGCAUGGAGCGAACCAGUCUUAUCGAGUGAUGAUGCCUUCCUCCUCCAAGUGCCUGCAGUUCAGAGCCCUGCUCUGGUCUCGAAACAUGUAGCACCAACCGUCAGCUUGCAGACCUCAUACGGGCUCCUUGCCACAUUUGUGAUGGCAGUCUGGCUUUCGAUUGGCAUUCCAAGAUCUGUUAACCUUGUGCAUACGGACUGGCCGUUUGUCGGCCCUGACAUGUUCUCUCACAUCGGCCGCUGGUCCUCACCAUCGCCUUUUCAAGACAUUCUUCAGGAUCAGAUGAAUGGGCAAAGGCGGAAAGCUUAA